AUGGCGGUCUGUGGUCAGUACUGUAAGCAACCAUGCAUAAAAUGUAUAGCAUGAAGUGUACCGAUUGUCGAUUGAAUUAUUGGUCUCCUGGUGAUUUUUAUAUGCGACUUUGGACUAAUAUCAUAUAUUGUACUGAAAUAAACUACAAUGAAUACAAUACUAAUAAUCUAGCAGUUAAAGCUCCGUACUGUGAGGGAAUAAUAGCUGUAAUUUUGUCAAGAGCCCCUAAGUGGUGCAUAAUUACCAUAUGUAUAAAUGUCUAGUGUGGUCUGAGACUGACAGUUGAAGCACGGGUCGGAUACGAAGAAGAAGAGUCGGAUACGUUUUGUGAUUGUGUUUGUGAAGAGAAUAUGGUUCGCAACCCCAAACCAAGCCCUGUGAAGCCAGCUGAUGACGAAGUACAAGAUAUGUGCGAGAAGGCAAGUGUAUUAAUUGCUACUAGAAUGAAUUAGAAAACUAAUUCAUAUAAAGCGAUAGUCGGACAUGUUAAAUGUUGCUCGUUUUCCUCAGCAGUUCAGAAGUGGUGGUUUGUGUUGCCCAAACGGUGUCGAAACACUUCACUUUUUGAAUAAUCUCGAAUCUAAAGUCAGCAUUCUGAUCACUGUCACUGAACUGAAAUAUUUUCUGAAUGAAUCACCAAUCAUCAAACAAAUUAUAAAAAGGCCGACUAGUGCACUACACAACUUUUGCCUAAAACUGUCGCAUAUAACUGACCUGCUUACAACUUGAGUUGUACUGUGGAAAUCAAGCACACAACUCACCUACCAGCUUACAUGCAGCUUGAGUUGGACGUGUUGUAGCUGAGUUGCGCGCUUGAUUUGCACAGUACAACUCAAGUUGCAAGCAAUUCUCCCUCAAUUCUGGUUGCUUGAUAAAUCGAUUCGAUAAAACCUACAAUAAUAAAGCAUCUAGAUGAUGACGUUGUGAAAAAAGUCUCGCUUAGGCAACAGAUAGCCAAUUGGUUGGAGAAUUAGCAGGCCAGGCUAUUAAUAAACAUGUUAUGAGAGUUUGCAUCCUUACGCCUUUCUAGAACGAACGGUUUACGAGAGCAUGUUAUGACAGACGUCAGAUUCACUCACUUCAAAGUGUUGAGAACUCACGCUAAGUUAUAGUUGGCAUUAAAGUUUCCCCUAUUGAGUUUUCUCAACUAGCUUGAUAGCUUUGUCAAAUUAAAAGUUGCAAUUAAUCAACUAGUCAUAUUUUUCAAAGUCAAUGUGUGCAUCACUCCACCAUCCAGCAUAUAUAAUUCGUGUCAUAAUUGUCCGGAUAUAUCAGAAUGUGCCGUGGAAAGAUUCUGGCCUGUUCCAUUUGGGAAGAUUUCUCCCCCAUUAACAAAGUUGUUCUGUUGAUGUUUUACCAUUUGUGAUGUUUUAAUUCUAAAAAUAUUUGAGGGACUCAUUGUUAAACAUUAAGUCAGUUCUCUCAAACAUUUCUUACAAAUCUUUCAAAACUUAGAAUUUACUAAUAUUUAAAAUUCCUACUGUGAUCACAGAAACUUUGAUAGUGUAAACCAACGUUACUAACCUUCGAGAGAGAGCCAAAGUUGGUCCUUCGGCGUUUCCUUUGAUAUGGAAGUUUCUGUGAUAUCUGGGUAUUCUGUUUGAAUUACGGUGUAUAAUACUUCAAACGUUCCUGUACAAUAGGUUGAUUGAAUUAUUUAUACCAUGAACGCGAUUAAUCAAAAAUAAGUAAACAAUCACACGAAGAUGUUACUGGCUGGAACUCUGUUGUCAGAAUAGAUAAAAGAAGCCGUCAGACAUUAUUAAAUCACGGCUAAUAGAAGAACAAUGUAACACCAGAGGACAGCUAAUAUACUGCAUGACAUGAUGACAACAUGCCCUGACAAGAACAUGAUUUGUUAUGGUGAUUUGAAACUUGCACAGUGGUGUUACUGAUGUCCAUUGAAGUUAAAUGGAAUUUCUGCCCAUGUUUGGGAUCCUAGCUUUAUAACUGGUUUUGAUUGGUUAUGAUUUGCCAUGAUGAAAUGCAACACGCGCAGCAGUAUGCCUUGUAGAUGAAUAAAUUUAGUAACAAACUGAUUACCACCAUACAAAAAUUACUUUCGGUUGAUUGGAUUAGGUGAUUGAUCAUUUUUAAUUAAUUUCCUAACUUAUUGAUUUUAUUCCUACAAUCAAUUUUGGAAUUGUUACUUUUCAGGUAAAAGAGAAAGUGCAAGAGAAAACAUCGAAAACGUUUUCUGAUUUCAAAGCUUCCUCUUAUCGCACAUUGGUUGACUAUGUGAACAGCAGGAUUAUUGUGUUUAUAAAGGUACGCACUUAUUGACUUCCUUUGCAUAAGCAGUUGUGGUUUUCGCCAGCCUGCAUGAAGCUAUACCCGCGUAGACUUUCGACGUUUCCAUGUGAAGUCCCUUCGUCAGAGAGUUCGUAUGGAUGGGGUAAGGGGUUCGUUGUGUCUAGUUGAGACUAGUCCACUAUCUUCAAAAAAAUUUGUGAAGGGCGAGUUGUAAAUUAAAUGAAAAUGAAUUAAUUCGGCGUGUGUAUUGAUGGCACCGCUGUAUAUACACCAGCACUGUAUUGAUAUAUGUUCAUACCUGGAAGUUUUUUUCAUUAUAAAAGUGUAUUUUCCCAAUUUAGAUUGGGUGGGUGGGUCAUGAAAUAAAUUUGGUAAGAUUGGAUGGGCUUUGAAAGGGAAUAUAACUCUGGUUUCCACUAUCAAAGUUUCUGUGAUCACAGUAGUAAUCACUGCGCAUAGGUAAAUUUCAAAGUUUUGAAGGAUUUCUAAGAAGUCAGUUUCCUCAAAUAUUUCUUACAAAUCCUUCAAAACAUAGAAGUACUCAUGCAAAAUUCCUACUGUGAUCACAGAAACUUUGCCUGAUAGUGGAAACCAGACUUUAGCUAGAUUUGCUCCAAGUCUGCAUCUCAAAGGAAUUUUUGCCCGCCCGCCUGCCUUUAAAUUCUUUCUGCGGCCUGCCUGCACCCUUCAUAACUUCGAUUAAAAACCCUUUGCAUGGGCUCACUUUUGAGAGACCGGCUUAGAGCGAGUUCAAUGGACCUUUCCGGUAAUUACGUCAGAACUACACUGUUUUCAACUUAGGACCACCUUAAAUGGAAUAAAUUUCAAGUUUGUUUCUCACGGGCUACGGUCAGAGAAGCAGAACAUCCUUCGUCAACACAUGUAUAAAAAAGAGUUUUGGAUUUUGACUAUUAAAUAUGGUAAUAAGCGUAAACACGAAAACGAGGCUGAGGGGCCAUGUGUUGUUGAAAACAGUGUUAGUCGUGACGUAAUUACCGGAAAUGUCUAUUCCUGCGGUCUAGUUUAGUUCUUCAGCCAUUCCACCUUGAAUUCUUUUUAAUUCUUCAUUUUCUGCUAUUUCAACUCGACACUCCAUGUCCUCUAGGUUCAGGUCGGAGAAGACAACUUCAUGCAUUUGAGAAUAUUUCGUAUCUUGCCAUCAAGACAUGGUGAAGUUGAACUCGAAGAAAUUCUAGAUGAGAAAAACGAUUCGGAUCCUUUGGAAGCAUUUGGAAUGGAGAAUGGGGCAGUCGCCGCGAAUUGA